AUGAAUUAAGUGAAAGGAUAUAUAAAUAUCACAAAAAGCAUUGCAUCAUAAAUAUAGACAAUAAAAAAAGUAAAUACAGUUGCUAAGCUUCAAAAUAAUGAUUAUCUAGUUUCAAUGAUAAUAUCUAAGAAAAAUAUCGCAGAAAAUUCUUCUCUUGAUUACUAAAAUUUGUAUUAAUUAAAGGAGGAUGGAUUUCAUUUACUUUAAAGAGGUAGUGUAGUCUAAUAAAACUUAUUGACAUCUUAUAGCAAUGAUAAGGAGAGAUUUAUUAAAUAAUAGUAAAUAACAGAUGAAUCUGAGAAGCCAAGAUAAGUUAUUGAGAUACAUGAAUCAGGUAAACUAUUAUUCAGUAUUAACACUUAAAAAUAUCAUGAGGAGAUUUUGAAUAAUGAGAUGGUUGGAGAGCCAUUUAAAUGGAACAAAAAAAAUAAUAAAGUUUUGUAUUUAGCAAAAGGAAAGAGCAAAGAAACAAAGACAUUCUUUUAGGUAGAAAAGGAGGAGGAAAUAUAACAAGCGUGGAAUUACAGGAAAUAUGAAUAAAGUUGGGGUGAAAGGAUGGAUAAUGUGGAGAUAUUUUAUCUAUUUAUGAUCGAUAUUGAAUAANGAUAUUGAUUUAAAUGUGUUUCAAUUAUAAUUAUAAAAAAAUUAAGAUCAAUUCAACAUAUGAAAAUGAUUUAUAUAGUCAAACAUUAAAUUUUGAAGGAAAGAUUUGUAAUUGAUAAAAUGAUUAAGUUCAUGAUAUGUAGGUAGUAUUUUGGAUGUUAAAAAAGGAAUUAGUCAAAAAUGUAUUUUUAUCUGUUUAUGGACUGUAUAAAU